GGCGCAAUGCGGCUGUCGGGAUGUAAGGAGGAAUGGCGACGGUCGAGACGGUUUUGGAGGCCAGAGUUGAGCUGAUUUUGACCAAACAGAAGCGGAACACAGGUUUUAACUUUCACAAAUAGAGACUCCCAAAAUGGAGACUGAAGUGACAGUGUCCUCCUCAUCCUCCAUGGUCUCAUCUCAGACUCAGACUUUGACCACCUCUGCUAACCUGGCAACCAAACAUAAAGACAGUAGGAAGACAGCAUCAAAAACUCCCGCCUUUCUCUCUAACCUGGGCAGGGCCACCCUACGGGGCAUCCGCAAGUGCCCACAGUGUGGGGUCUACAAUGGCACCCGUGGGCUCAGCUGCAAGAACAAGGCCUGUGGGAUAUCCCUCAGAAACGCCUCUGCAACGAGCAGAAACAGCAAGAAGUGUGCCGUGGAGGUGGUGAAAGUGAUAAUAGACAGCGAGGAGAGAGGGAGCAAAGAGCGUGCUGAGGGUGGAGGCCUUGUGGGCGGCUCAGGUGGAGGUGUGCAGGUGUUUUCGGUUUGUCACAGAGGAAGAGGAGCCACAGCGACACAGCUUGGCUUUGUUGAACUUGUCCCCACUGAUACUGCCAUAGCUACAGGCGACGGAGCAACCCUCCUGACCCGCAUAAACCUAGGCCGCUGUUUUCUGCCUUCUUGUAGGCAGGGUCAGAGGUCAAAUCAGAGCGAGUCAGAGUCAGCAGUCACCAGUUCAAAACAAUCCUCAGACAGCCUCUGCAUUCACAUAAAGCAAGCUAUAGAGUGUCAGAGCCGUGCCACGCCGCUCACAUUGAAAAGCUCUGUCUUAGAGGGUUUGCAAGCCUCCAUCCAAGCCCGGGAGGAGCUGUGGAGGCUGGCCACGGAGUCUCCAGGACCUCUGGUGCAGCGUGUUGCAAAAGACACCAUGGUGGUGAAGUGCCACACAGAUUCCCAGCAUCCUCUAGGGCUGCUGCAUCUCACUGUGGGUGCAGGCGGGCUGUCGGAGGUUUGUAAGAGCGAGAAAAAGGGCAGAGAGCAGCAGCAGCAACAUGGAGUCUUUCACUGUGCCUGUCAGGUGAGCAGCAGCAGCAGAAGAAGCAAACCAGGUGUAGAUGGAGCCAACUCUCAUCCUGGGACAUCACAGCCCUGCCUUCACUUCUACGCCUGUGUGUGUGCCUUUCUAAGUGACGAGAAACUGACGUCAGAGUUUGCUGCUUUCAUCAACUACACCCCCAGUGUUGUGCAGCCAAGUGUUACUAACAGAGUACUCUGUGCCAACGAGAAGCCUCUGCAACAGGCCGAGCUGGUCCACUCUCAUAAAACAAAGAAACUCCGCCUGGAUGAACCUCUCUCGGCGGCCUCUUCCUCUGGGGUCGGAAAAGAGGGAGUGUCAGCCUGCGGUCUAAAGAAAGCUGGUCAGAGGAAAGCCCCUGGUACUGUUGGGCUGAAGGCUCCAGGGAGCACCCAGGUUGUGGAUGAGCGUACGGUGAUGAUGGGAUUCCACCAGUGGCUGUCCAGCGUCACAGAGAGGAUCCACCAAACAAUGCACUACCAGUUUGAUGGGAAACCACAGCCUCUGGUGUUCCACAUCACUCAGGAAUUCUUCAACGCUCUGCAGCAUCGUCUGUCGAUGGGCUCCAAGAAGAAGAGACUACCAAACUUCACAACAGCAUUUGUCAGAAAUGAUGGACUUCCUCUCGGCUCUCUCUCCAAGUACACCUGGCACAUCACCAAUCUCAUGCAAGUCAAACGAAUCUUUGACACUCCAGAGCUUCCUCUGGAGCUCUCUCAGAGCUUCGUAAAGAACGCAGACGGCUCUUACUCUCGUUUCCGCUGCCCUGAUCCUCUACCUGAACCCGAUCUACAAGAGGGAUUCAGGACAGAUCGACCACACGCGAUACGACCUAUGGAACUCCGCACUUUCCUCAAAGUCGGUCCAGGCUCAGCAGAUCAGAAGGAUGCCGGCCCGUUUGUGAUCGAGUGGAUCCCCGACGUCCUCCCUCGCUGUCAGAUGGGCGAGCUCAGGAUCAGCUUCGAGUUUGGACACCAGAUGAGUGGUCAGACGGAUCACUGCGAGAGAAUGGGUGCGGCAGAGAAAGGAGGUCGUAAUAAGUCGGACUCAAACCAAUCCAGACGCUCAGAGGCUAUCCUUCAGGUGGUUGUCUAACAGUCUGAUUAUCGAUUAUAUGCCUCUGUGGGACAGUUUGUCAUGAAUCAUUGACAUAUGCUGUACUUGACUCAUACAUAUGUCUGCGUUUUAUUAUGCAAGGUACUAAUAAUCAAUAACCACCUGAAUAACACAGUGUACUAUUGAUUAACAUCUUUUUAGACAAUCUAGACUGCAGAGAAGCACUCAUUGUAUGCAUUUUUCUCAAUGCUAAAUGUUUCCUGUAACAAAGAGUAAAGAUUUUUUAUUUUUGGGAGAAAUGUCUACAUCUCUUUUAAAACACAAUUCAAACAAUUCUAUUAAAACA